UCACUUUUAACCUGUGGCGCACUUAUUUUUCUGCUAGAUCUUCUUUAAGAGUGCUUUUCUGCGAUUUCCAGCAUGGACAGUGUUCACCAGGAAAGAGUAACCUCUCCGGGCAGCUGUGCAUCCGUGAGAAGUGAGAUGUCCAUGGGUAAACCGAACAUCUUGGGCAAUGGGCACCAGAAUGAAAGUGCUCAGCAGAGAAGAACAGCUUCUCCAAGCAGCUCUGUGUCCAUGAGGAGUGAACAGUCCAUGGGUAAACCUGAGAACUUUGCACAUGGACCCCAUCCUGCCAGUGAAAGUGCUCAGCAGGAAAGAACAGCUUUUCCAAGCAGCUCUGUGUCCAUGAGUAGGGAGCAAUCCAUGGGUAAACCUGAGAACUUUGGAAGUGGACACCAUCCUCCCAGUGAAAGUGACCAGCAGGAAACUGCAGCUUCUCCAAGCAGCUCCGCAUCCAUGAAGGCUGAGCAAUUCAUGCUUAAACCUGACAGCUUUGAAAAUGGACACGACCUUUACAGUGAAAGAGCUACUGAGAAGCUGGAAGCCAUAUUUAUGCUCCUUGAGGAGAAAAUCAUCACGUUCACAAAGAGCGAGCUGAAGAGGUUAGUGAAGGUCCUAACUUCAGAGAGCUUAGAGAAGCAAAGGGAGCUAAAAGAGGUGGUGGACAAUGAGGACAAACACCUGAGUGGGAGCAUAGAGCCAUUCAAGAAGAUUGUACAGAACUUCCUGAUGUCCAUGAAACAGGAGAACCUCGCUGACCGUCUGCAGAGCAAAACUGCCUCUACAUGCCAGUGCAAACUAAAAACUAAGCUGAAGAAAAAUUCCCAGUGUGUGUUUGAGGGGAUCGCUAAAGCAGGAAACUCAACCCUUCUGAAUCAGAUCUACACAGAGCUCUACAUCACAGAGGGAGGGACUGCAGAGGUCAAUGAUAAACAUGAGGUCAGACAGAUUGAAACAGCAUCCAGGAAACCAGACAGACCAGAAAUCAGAUGCCAAGACAUCUUUGGAACCUUACCUGAAAGAGUUGGACCAAUCAGAACAGUGCUGACAAAGGGAGUGGCUGGCAUUGGGAAAACAGUCUUAACACAGAAGUUCACUCUGGACUGGGCUGAAGACAAAGCCAACCAGGACAUCCAGUUCAUGUUUCCAUUCACUUUCAGAGAGCUGAAUGUGCUGAAAGAGGAAAAGUUCAGCUUGGUGGAACUUGUUCAUCACUUCUUUACUGAAACCAAAGAAGCAGGAAUCUGCAGCUUUGAAGACUUCCAGGUUGUGUUCAUCUUUGAUGGUCUGGAUGAGUGUCGACUUCCUCUGGACUUCCACAACACUGAGAUCCUGACUGAUGUUACAGAGUCCACCUCAGUGGAUGUGCUGCUGACAAACCUCAUCAGGGGGAAGCUGCUUCCCUCUGCUCGCCUCUGGAUAACCACACGACCUGCAGCAGCCAAUCAGAUCCCUCCUCACUGUGUUGACAUGUUGACAGAGGUCAGAGGGUUCACUGACCCACAGAAGGAGGAGUACUUCAGGAAGAGAUUCACAGAUGAGGAGCAGGCCAGCAGGAUCAUCUCCCACAUCAAGACAUCACGAAGCCUCCACAUCAUGUGCCACAUCCCAGUCUUCUGCUGGAUCACUGCUACAGUUCUGGAGGAUGUGCUGAAAACCAGAGAGAGAGGAGAGCUGCCCAAGACCCUGACUGAGAUGUACAUCCACUUCCUGGUGGUUCAGGCCAAAGUGAAGAAGGUCAAGUAUGAUGGAGGAGCUGAGACAGAUCCACACUGGAGUCCAGAGAGCAGGAAGAUGAUUGAGUCUCUGGGAAAACUGGCUUUUGAUGAGCUGCAGAAAGGCAACCUGAUCUUCUAUGAAUCAGACCUGACAGAGUGUGGCAUCGAUAUCAGAGCAGCCUCAGUGUACUCAGGAGUGUUCACACAGAUCUUUAAAGAGGAGAGAGGGCUGUACCAGGACAAGGUGUUCUGCUUCAUCCAUCUGAGUGUUCAGGAGUUUCUGGCUGCUCUUCAUGUCCAUCUGACCUUCAUCAACUCUGGAGUCAAUCUGCUGAAAGAACAACAAACUUCUAAUAAGUCUAAAAUGAGAGAAUGUGCAGAGACACAGUUUUACCAGAGUGCUGUGGACAAAGCCUUAAAGAGUCCAAAUGGACACCUGGACUUGUUCCUCCAUUUCCUUCUGGGUCUUUCACUUUCAGCAAACCAGAGUCUUCUUCGAGAGCUGCUCACAGAGAGAAAUGUCUUCCAGAACAACCAGGAAGUGAUCCAACACAUCAAAAAGAGGAUCAGAGAGAAUCUACCAACUGAGAGAAUCCUUAAUUUGUUCCACUGUCUGAAUGACCUGAAUGAUCGUUCUCUAGUGGAGGAGAUCCAACAGUCCCUGAGUUCAGGCAGACUCUGCACAGAUAACCUGUCUCCUGCUCAGUGGUCAGCUCUGAUCUUCUUCUUACUGUCAUCAGAAAACAAUCUUGAUGUGUUUGACCUGAAAGAAUACUUUGCUUCACAAGAGGCUCUUCUGAGAAUGCUGCCAGUGGUCCAAGCCUCCAACAGAGCUCUGUUGAGUGGGUGUAACCUCUCUGAGAUAAGCUGUGAAGCUCUGUCUUCAGUUCUCAGCUCGAGGUCCUGUAAUCUCAGAGAGCUGGACCUGAGUAACAACGACCUGAAGGACUCAGGAGUGAAUCUGCUUUCUGUUGGACUGCAGAGUCCACAUUGCAGAUUAGAUAUUCUCAGGUUGUCUGGCUGUUUGAUCACAGAGGAAGGCUGUGCCUCUCUGGUCUCUGCUCUUCGGUCAAACCCAUCGCAUUUAAGAGAGCUGGAUCUGAGCUACAAUCAUCCAGGAGAGGCAGGAGUGAAGCUCCUCUCUGCUCUGCAGAUGGACCCACAUUUUAGGCUGGAAACUCUCAGGCUUUCCCCAAGAGGAGUUCAAUGGUUGAAACCAGGCCUGAGGAAGUAUGACUGUGAGCUCAAACUGGACCGAAACACUGCACACAGAUAUCUCUUCCUGUUUGAAGAUGAUAGGACAGUGAUGACGCUGAAUGAGGGGAAGCCCUGUCCUGAUCAUCCAGAGAGAUAUAAAGCCUGGCCCCAGCUGCGAUGUAGAAUUGGUCUGACUGGACGCUGUUACUGGGAGGUUGAAUGGGAAAGAGAGGUCAAUAUAGCAGUAACUUACAAAGAAACUGAAAAUUAUGACAGUGUGUUUGGAGCAAAUGAGCACUCCUGGAGCUUGUACUGUCGUGAAGACAGUUACUACGCUUUGCAUAAUAAAACCAUGAGAAACAUACAUCCUCCGCCCACCUCAUCCUCCAACAGAGUCGGAGUGUAUCUGGACUGGCCUGCUGGCACUUUGUCCUUCUACAGAGUCUCCUCAGACCCACCGAUCCACCUCCACACCUUCUACACAACAUUCACUGACUCUGUUUGUCCAGGAUUUGGAUUCUGUGAAGGGCCAGACUCCUCAGCAUCUCUCUGUCAGCUCUAGAUUGAGGGGAUUCCUCCUUUUUAAUAUAAAUUAAAAAAAAAAAAAAUGCUGACAAUCUCAUGAACUAAGGACACUAAUGUCUUUUGAUACCUGGUCCAAGAUAGUGUUGAGGUGCAGCAGUUCAACAGUACUUGAUGUGUUAGAGGGAAAUCAGCUACGUGUUUAACUCCGUUCAGCUGUUCAGUUUUGAUUUGUUGUACCUCACUGUCUAAUGUUUCACCCCCCUGCCUGCUGUGGUAACCCUUUGUAAUAACAGAGCAGCUGAAAGUUUUGUUUUUUAUCAUAUUGAUAUUUUGUCACACUCCUUGUGUAAAACAUGCAUAUUUGUAGGACAGUGAUGAAAACCUUCGUGAAACAUACCAAAUGUGAGACAAUUGUGUUGCUGCUGCUCAGAACUUGUGAAGUCGACGCGCUGACUGAGUGGAAGCCACAUAGAGCUGCAUGCUGUAUUCAGUCCCUUUGAAAAAAAAACACACAAGCUUGCAGACCUCCUGAAACUAUUACAUUUUACUUGAAGGCAGUAUUUUUAUAGUUACUGUAUCAAAUAAAAGAUUAUUAUCAUACAGGCACUAAAGUUUAGUAUUUUCUGGUUUUUGUUGUUAACUAUUUGAUCUGUUUGUUUGUUUUUGUUUUGUUUUUAUAAAUUAAACAUGGCCUGGAGACACCA